ACGUUUUCCAUUGAUCUUUUCCGAGUGCCAAGUGUUGAGCGUCGUCUCUGUUGUAUCGUUCUUCGUGCUCGUAUCUUUCGUUCGAAGCAAAACGAGAAGACAUCGGAAGCGACUAAAAAAGCGCGUCUAUUAUCUGUCGCCGACAGCUGUGCACUUGCCCUAAACCCGGACGCCGCCUAGGAGUGUUUCCUUAUUGUCGGUCCCCACCACUUCGAUGACGCCCGGACUCCCGUUACCCGCUACACCGAGUGUUGCCGCAGUUCCCGCUUGUUCUUGAGUGAGCGGUGGCCAGCGACGAGUGCCGACCGCACAAGAGUCUCUUGCGUUCCUACCGCGAAGAAACGGAUUUCAUUCGUUCGCUGUUUUUCUACCGUCACCGAUGGCCCUCGCCAACCCGUCGGGCCGUAGCUACGCCUUCAAAGUGGUGCUGCUGGGCGAAGGUUGCGUGGGCAAGACGUCGCUCGUGCUACGUUAUGUCGAAAACAAGUUCAACGACAGACACCUCUCCACGCUACAGGCAUCCUACCUUGACAAGCGGUUGAACAUAGCCGGAGAGCGGGUACACCUGGCCAUUUGGGACACGGCAGGGCAGGAGAAGUUCCACGCCCUGGGGCCCAUCUACUACAGGGACAGCAAUGGGGCGGUGCUCGUGUACGACAUCACAGAUGAGGGGUCGUUCCUCAAGGUGAAAAACUGGGUGAAGGAGCUGCGGAAGAUGCUGGGCACAGACGUGUGCCUCACCAUUGCGGGCAACAAGGUCGAUUUGGACAAGCAGCGCAACGUCUCGGCAGCGGAGGCUGAGGCAUACGCCGCUUCAGUCGGGGCCACCCACUUCCACACCUCGGCCAAGCUGAACCGCGGCAUCGACGACCUCUUCCUCGACCUCAGCAAGCGCAUGAUGCAGGUGGCCAACACCAACGACGAGCAGCAUCGCAACAGCCUCGGCCGUGGAGGUAACUCGCGGCGUACGGUGGUCAUCGUCGACGACAGUCCCGUGCAGAAGACUAGUUGCUGCGGAGGCUGAAAGGACUCUGCAGUCAUCCUCGUCCUUGCUACAAAAGUGCUAUUGUUUUUGUUUCUGUCCGGGAUAUCCUCUUCUGCGCCGGACCGCUGCUCGGAAAGGCCACUGUGCCGCCACAUUCUUCAGAUUUUGUUUGUUCCUUUGCAAAGACUGAUUUUCUGUGUCUCUUCUUCCCUCUCUUCGAAGCACGCCAUGUGCUGCUCUGCAAACCGCUCGUGUUUCCACACAUUUCCUUACCGUUAAAUCCUAAGAGCUUAAACCUCUCAAUGCGUGUGUGUGUGUGCGUGCAAGAGCAUCGAGGACUCAAAAGAAAGAAAAGCAAGUUAUAUUAUUAUUUUGUUCUCUUUUUAGUGUCCUUGUGAUGUAGAUUUUGUAGCAGCAGUGUUUAAAAGAGUUUGCAAUGUCGCAUAUACAACUUGUACGUGUGUUUGAUGAGGGUGCAAAACUCGAUUGUACUAGUGUGAAGGAGGAGUGUGGAUGUUUGUGCCGAGUUAAAGUGGGAACGAACUGUCGCAAGCGCGUUACACUCGUGGCCUACAAUGUCGCCGAUCUCGGACCUGUCUUCAGUAUAAGUGGACGUGGCGAGUUGGUUCCAGUGACGUGAUGCCUCUUUGUACAGUGUUGUCAUCUGUUAAAGGGAAUGCGUGAAUGUAGAGUGAGUGCAAAUGUUUCUUUUUGACAAGCGUACGUUAGCCCCCUUUUGCACCAGGCGACUUGGAAUUGGUGCCGUUGGCACCCUUCUUCAUACCUGCGCAUUGCAGCUAGAGCGGCAGGAAAUUGGGAGCCACAUGUUAAAGUGUUCCACUUAACAGUAGGCUGCACUGUACACCUGUUCCAGUUUCGAAAAGGACAGUUCACACAGUGGCAGCUGUCGAACGAGUUGUGUGACUUCGUAACCGGCCUGGCACGACAUUACGUUGUGGUAACUCAUUUCUCGAAAGCUGAGCGUCUGAUGUGUCUCGGGCCCACAUUUUGUGGCAGUUAAUUAUUUCGUACAUUCAUCCCACCCUCUGUCAUUUGCUUACAUGCAAAUGACAUGCAGGAUCAGCCACUCGGCACAAUUAAAGCUGGAGGAAAACGAUUCACCAAAUAUGGACAUCCAAAUGUGGCUAUGCUUAUUUUGAAAGAUAGUCAAAACUGUGGCAUCUUUGCAAGUUUUCUUUUUUUGCCACAUUACCAACGGCCAUCAAAAAUGCAGAAGAAAACAGGCAGACAGAAUUCCACCAUACUAUGUGGUAACAAAGCCACUAUGCUGAAAUUAUCUUAUGAUAUCGUGUAAUACUUCCAAAUUAUAGCAGACGACACUAAUGCAGACUGUGUUUUUCUCAUGUACCUGUGUAUUGUGUACCUUGAACAGCAACUGCGUCAGCUAGUGUACAUAAUAAAAACAAAACACUACUUGUUCAUUUGCAUUACAAAAAGAUGAACUAACUGAGGAGGUGUUUACACAAAUCACAGCAAAGGGUUAUCAGGGAGGAGCGUUUCUAUUGAAACUGUUUCUUUAGUGGAAGGAGACUGCAUGUUUUUUUCAUUACCUUUUGUACAGAGUGCUUUGAGAAUGAGAUCAGUGUCCUCAGUAGUGAUAGUUUCAUGCCACCUGAGCGUUCACUUUUGUAACUUAUGCGAACAACUAUUAACAGUAGCAGCUACAUGCAAAACACUUGUUGCUCAAAUUAAAGUGAAAGUGUACUGACAAGUGAAUAGACCGGCAUGACCUGAGAGAAACGUGAACCGGAUGUGCAUGCCAACAGAGAGUGUGCAUUGCUAUGCUUGUGUAAAUAAGUUUUGUAUAUUAGUGUAGCUUUAUUAAACCCUAGGUCGUUGCAAGGUUUCCCUGAUAGUCAGAAACACUAUGGUUUUCAGUGGCUAGUUUACAAAAAAAAAAUAAAAGGCCUAGUUAGUUUGUAAAAUGCGAGAAUUAUGCAGUGUAUUUGUAUGUUAGAAUGUUACACCAAAUUAUCUGUAGAAAUUGUGACAAAGUGCAGUCUAUAUUUAUGCUCUAGUGGACAUUUAAUUGACAACAUGGACAAUACAACUUAUUACCACAUUGUGGGUGACAAUGUUGUAACAUGCAACUUAAGGCGUCAUGGCACAGCUAGCAGUACCAAGAGUGUUACUGGCAGCAGGAAACAUGAAAAAAGUUAUGCGAGAAAAUUUUGUCUAAUUGGUCAAAUUUUAGUUUAUCAUCAUCUUGCGAGUUAAAGAAAUAAUAUAUAUAGUAUAUUGGACAUAUGGUUUCGCAUUCACUCACAUCAUUGACAAAAGCCUAUCCUGGAAAAGAGGCUUAUUCUAAGCACACAUUUUAAAAGUGAUACAUUUCAAUAUAGACUGUGGAAAUUUUUGCAUGUCACUAUGCGCAUUUCAGCAAAGGUUACCAGUUCCUUUGGCAGCACAUUAAUAUAGACAGACGUCGUAACCAGGUUGAUAAUCAGUGGCCAACUCAUUAUGUGACAUUUGCAUUUUUUUAAAUAUUCGUUGAUCAUAAAGGACACACCAUGCAAACAUGGCUGAAAGCAUGUCAAUUUGCUAAAAUUUCCUGCUACAUUCACUAGUUCCAAGAUUGCCUGUGAAAUAUGCCACAUAGCAGGUACGUUGAUGUUCCACAAAGAACCAUAAAGUGGAUCAAUAAUGUAAUUGCUGCACGAUUAAUCCCUUGAUUGACACUUGUCUCGGCACUCAUACUUUAUGCAUAUACUUUGAACAGAGUCGCUGUAGUUGCAAGAUGCAUCUGCACUUGAACUUUGCGCCAAAGUUCAUUGCUGUUCCUAUUAAAGCUUUCAUGUGUAACAGUAA